UACUACUAACUACCAGCAGAAAAAAAACCUAGUCACAGCCAGGAUAAUGGGAAAACUCACUCUCUACGGAAUCGAUGGCAGUCCACCAGUUCGGUCGGUACUCCUCACCCUCAAUGCCCUGGGUCUGGACUUCGAGUACAAGGUCGUCAAUCUGAUGACCGGGGAGCAUCUGAAACCGGAAUACCUGAAGAUCAAUCCUUUGCACACGGUUCCCACCUUGGCGGACGAUGGUUUCUUCAUCAACGACAGCCAUGCCAUCAAUGCCUACCUGGUCAGCAAAUACGGCAAGGACGAUUCUCUAUAUCCCAAGGAUCUGCAAAAGCGGGCCAUUGUGGAUCAGCGCUUGCACUAUGACUCCAGCGUGCUCAUUGGCACCGGACGAGCCCUCACCACGCCGCUGAGGGAAGGCAAGACCGAGAUACCCAGGGCCAGGUUCGAUGCUCUCGAAGAGGCCUAUAAGACACUUGACUUGUUCUUGGAAAGCAACGAUUUCCUGGCUGGAAAAGAGCUGACCAUCGCCGACUUCCACAUCAUUGCGGGACUGUCUACCAUCAUGCUCAUCCACGACGUGGAUGCCACAAAGUACCCCAAGCUGGCUAGUUGGCUGCAGCGCAUCAGGAAGUUGCCCUAUUACGAGGAGGCCAAUGGAUCCCGUUUGUCAACGAUCGUUGACUUUGUCAAGAGCAAAAAAUUCACAAUUGUUUAGUUUUAAUAAUUUUAUUUGAAACAUUUUUAUA